AAAUUCCUCGACAUGUAAUUCAAAGUAGAUUUAAGCAUCGACACAGUCUUAUGUAACAAUCAAUAACAUUGUUUUCAAUCUAUUUUUAAAUCCUAAUCUGGAGGCAAGGGACAGACCCUCACCAAUCAAUCAAUCAAUCAAUCAAUCAAUCAAUCAAUCAAUCAAUCAAUCAAUCAAUCAAUCAAUCAAUCAAACUUUAUCAGUACAGCACUUUUCAUACAGGUGAGUUCAAAGAGCUUCACAGACUGAUGAGCUGAAAAAGAAAAGGUCAAAUCAAGUAAGAAAGCGACAAUGAGACACAAUAAAAUAGAUUUAAAAAGCUGUAAUAACAUAAUAAUAUAAGAAAAUGAACGAUAAAAGAACAGAUAAUAGAAUAAAAUAGAUUUUACAACAAAAUUACUAUAAAAUAAGUGAGUGAAAUGGCUGAAGACUGAAGAGGAAUGUUUUCAUGAAAGAGUCAGACCUUCAUUUUGUGAUUUUACACACUAACAUUAUUGAGGGUAAAUUAAACAUUCAGCUGCUGAAUUUCAGAAAAUUGACAUUAAAUUCAGUUCAACUACAAGAUUUCUUUUAAUCUCCAACUGUUUAUUUGUUCUGAGCUUCAGUUUCAGAAACACUGAGACACUGAAUCAUGUAUUUCAGUAGAAACUGUCCUGUUCUUCCCGUGCACUUUGUUCCUCUUGUUAAACAGAUCUAUAUCGUGCUGUUCUUUGAGCUGUGCUGCCGCCUGCUGGUGAUUCACAUGAACUGCAGCCGCUGCUGCUAAUAAAAACGCUCCCGGUCAGAAACCACAGCUCAGAACCUUUCGUGCAAAAUCCCACGACUGAAAGACAGAGAAGGAGAUUUUCCUUUAAUUUCCUGCUGUGAUUGAGAUGAAUCUCUGAGCUGCUGCUGGAGCAUCUUCCCGCCGCGGCGGUGUGAUAUCUUCAGGCUCCAGACCCGCCCCGCCCCUUCCACCCAGUUCGGACGCAUUCUCCUCCCAGUGAGUCCAAGAUGACGGCCAACAGCAGGUACAAGAGCCGCGCGCCCCGCUCAGGUAAGCCCCUGCAGGUGAUUCAUAAACCUACCGCGUGUCACAGCUGCUCGGUUAAUCGAUCAGACAUCGAUUGAUGAACCUCCAGAAAUCCACAUUGUGUGUUUUCUUGUUUUUUUUUUUAUUACUAUCGUCCUUCCUCCGGGUGUUUUCUCCCGCUGCAACCGGUGAUGUGGCUCCUCUGCUCGGACUGACGCCUCCUGGAAUCCGCCUGCAGAUGAUGGAGAGGAAAAAGAUUACGUUGGUUUCGCGACGCUGCCCAACCAGGUGCACAGGAAGUCGGUGAAGAAAGGGUUCGACUUCACCCUCAUGGUGGCAGGUGAGUCUGGUCUGGGUAAAUCCACCUUGGUCAACAGCCUGUUCCUCACUGAUCUGCAUAAAGACAGAAAACUGCUCAACGCUGAAGAGCGAAUCAAUCAGACGGUCGAGAUCACGAAACACACGGUGGACAUCGAGGAGAAGGGCGUGAAGCUGAAACUCACCAUCGUGGACACGCCGGGUUUCGGAGACGCCGUCAACAACUCCGAGUGCUGGAAGCCCGUCACAGAUUACAUCGACCUGCAGUUUGAACAGUACUUCAGAGACGAGAGCGGACUCAACAGGAAGAACAUCCAGGACAACAGAGUUCACUGCUGCCUGUAUUUCAUUCCUCCGUUUGGACACGGGCUUCGUCCGGUCGACAUAGAGUUCAUGAAGGCGCUGCAGAACAAGGUGAACGUGGUUCCUCUCAUCUCGAAGGCCGACUGCCUCACUCCCAGCGAGAUCAAGAAACUCAAAGAGCGGCUGAGGGAAGAGAUAGAUAAAUAUGGGAUAAAGAUCUACCAGUUCCCUGACUGCGACUCAGAUGAAGACGAGGAGUUCAAGCGGCAAGAUAAAGAGCUGAAGGAGAGCUCUCCGUUCGCAGUGAUCGGCAGCAACACGGUGGUCGAAGCCCGAGGUCAGAGGGUGAGGGGGCGGCUCUACCCCUGGGGCAUCGUGGAGGUGGAGAACCCGUCCCACUGCGACUUCGUGAAGCUGAGGACCAUGCUGAUAAGAACCCACAUGCACGACCUGAAGGACAUCACCAGCGACUGUCACUACGAGAACUACAGAGCGCAGUGCAUCCAGACCAUGACCAGUAAGAUGAACGCAGAUAAGCGGGUGGAGAGCCCCCUCCCCAUCCUGCCUCUGUCCACUCCGGACGUGGAGACGGAGAAACUCAUCAAAAUGAAGGACGAAGAGCUAAGGAGGAUGCAGCAGAUGCUCCAGAAGAUGCAGCAGCAGAUGCACGAGCAGGACCUGUGACCUGUGACCUCUGACCUCUCGUGUUACACCUGUGACCUUUACACCUUUUUAUUUAGGAGACAAACUGACAGAAGAUCAAACACACAGCACCAACAUAACCCCUCACUGAAGCCAAAAAACCUUUUAGAUGAUCACAGUAGAUACUUCACCUGGUCACAGAGAAACGGUAGAUGAAAGAGAGCAUGCUGGGAAAUGUAUUUUAACUUAACUGAAAUGUUUCGGCACCUUUCGGAAGGUUUGUUUUUUUAUUGCAGUCAUCAGCCAAGGGAGUGUCGUUAGGCAAUAGAGAGUAGGUUGCACUUCAUCACCUUUAGAUUUACAACUAUGUUUUAUACUUUGAUACUAAAUGAGACUCAAGCACCAAAACCUCAGUUCAUGCAGGAGUUCAUGAACUGAUUGUGUGGAGUGGCACCCAGACUGAAAAGUGGCUGAUGGUUUGUCGCUGCUGCUGCAAGUUUCACUGUAAGUUUUAAACAAAUUUAGAGAAAAAUCUGCAGAAAUUAUGAAUUAAUGUGUUUCCCUCCUCUGCUGCUGCUGAAGGAGACGAGGUUAUUAUAAGAUCCAGUCAGAGCUCAGACGAUGGAGAACAUCAGGAGAUCUGACAUUUCUGUUUGUUUCAUGUGUUAAUGUGAGGAAGGUUCCCUCCUCCUCCUCAUCACGCCACACACAGCUGAUGCUUUUGUCCUUUCACUGGAAGAGACGAGUGAUGUUAAAGUCACAUGAUUCACGUACGUCAACGUUUAUUCACUGAUUAUAAAUGCACGUUUACAUUUUCUUGCAUUUUGAUGCACCAACUUUUCCACCUCAGCAAACUAAAAACUUUUUUUUUUUUAAUUUUGAGAAGCUUUAUGUUUCCACCUUUUUUAUUAUAAUAAUAAUAAUUUUUAUUCAUUGAGCACUUUUCAUACAAGAGAUUUUCUCAAAGUGGUUUUAAAAUGAAAUUAAAAAUGAAAUAGUAGAAUAAAACAAGAAGAACAAUGAAAAUACACAAUUGACAGUAGAUGAUAAGAUAUGUAAAAUAAAAUAAAAUAAAAACAGAAACCAGUAAGAAAAGUAAAAUAUGAGAGAAUUAAUUAAAAGCCGAAUUAGAUACGAUUUUAAAGAAAAUGCUCUUGGCAGGUUUUUCCAUAGUUUGGACCAUAGUUUAAAAAAAGCUGCGCUGUUUAUUUUGUUGUGUGUAAAUUUGCGUUUAAUUAAAAGCAGAGAGAAGAUCGAAGAGCUUGUGAAGGUUUAUAAAACAACAGGGAGUCUGCAACAUGAGCCGGUGCCAAACCAUUAAGAGAGAGAUAAAGAUACUGGGAGCCAGUGGAGUGACUGGAGGAAGUCAUAUGAUCUCUCUUCCUUGUUUUAGUUAAAAGUCUAGCAGGACUUUCAAUUGUCUUUCAAUUGACUGCUUCAGAAGAGCAGUUUAAAGAUCAUUGCAAUAAUCUGAUCUCUUUGGAAUAAAAGCAGGAAUAAGCUUUUCAGCAGCUUUACGGGAUGAGAACGGCCGUACUUUGCAAUAUUGUUAGAAAUUUAGGAUUAAAAUCCAACAAUCUGACUGUUAUGACCCACAGCUACAAACCAACCACUCAGACUCAACAUGUGUGGGACACUAUCAGCCUCUUUUUAAUCUGGGUGCUGCAGUAAAUGUGUCUGUCUCAUGCAUUUUAAGAGUUUUUACUCCGCAUCAGUGAAAGCCAUAAACACACGUGUUCUCCAGACAAUCUCCUGCGAGCAUGUUUGUUGCGUUCGUGCGCCUAAAAAUACAGUGAUAAUCAGUAUUUCUCACAAGUAAAAUCCUAAAAAUUGAUUAAAAAUGAUAUAAUAAUAAUAAUGAUAAUGAUAAAAAUAAAACUUUUUUUUAUAUAGCACUUUCAAAAUCAGUGUUACUUUAAAACGAGGAAAAAAUUAAUCUUUCUUCAUCUAAAAGUGUAUUUUUAUGCUAAUAGAUAAACAUGCGUUGACGUUUAACAAAGUUUUUUUUUGAUAAUUCUGAAUUAUUUGUUAUUUUUUAAAUUGACAUAACUGUCCUGAAUUAAUAUAUUUGCAAAAUAACCCUAAACGCUUCGUUUAAUACUAUUUUUUCAAGAGAACUUGAAGGUUAUUGUCUCAAACCCACUGAGGUUCAAGGAAAGACAACUAAAGCAGAAAACAUCAAACAUCUGGAAGCUUUUUAUAGUCAACUUUGUUUAAAAAAAAUACAUAGUGUAUUAGAGGAGGGGAGGAGGAAAUGUAACAGAUCCCUAUAAUGUAAAAUGAAUUCUGUCAAUAAACUACUGAUUUAAAGCCG